UGUCUAAUAAAGACUGUAUGGUGCGGAAAUGUGAAAGAAGUCUAGCAACUAUGAAUGCAUUGGUUGAAAAACUUGAGGAUUUAUUUGGAGAGUUUGAAAAUGACGAUGAAGUAGAUUUUGAUUAGUGGACAACAACAGAUAGGUCAAACUUAACACAAUAUAAAGAGCCAGUGUCGGAAUACAUUGAACUUGUAUCUAAAAAACUGACAAAAUUUGCAACACACUACUAUUUAACAAAGAGUCAACUGUCAUACCUGAGAUCAAGAAAGGAAGAUGUGAAUGAGAUCCAUAUUCUUAUGAAAGCGACAGUCAUGUAAAAUACUGGUUAAAACAGCUUCGUGCCGAUUUUUCUCAUUCCCGUGCAAGUAACGCCAGCUCUUCAACAAAAAGUGAAAAUGAUUUAUAUCUGUUGUCUCCAGAAGAUCAAGAUGAUAUGGUUCUUGGAGCUGAAGCAAAAAAUUUUUGCAACUUCACAAAUGCCUUAUCGCCUAUUCUGUCGCCCAUGAUCUAUAAUGAUGAAAAGGAAAGUGGCGCUGAAAAUUUAUGUAAUAAAAAUGAGGACACAAAGUCUAAUUUUGAAAAUCAUCAAAAGAUCAUAGAAAAAGAAGAUCAUCUGCAAUCAUUUUCUGAUCUGAAAUCUUCUGAUAUAGUAAAAUCUACCAAAGAGGCACCAAGCCAUCCUUCUAUUCCUUUGCAGAAUAGCAAUGUAUAUCCAGAACUUAGAAAGUUUGAAUCAGUUGACGAAACUGGUAGCAGUUUUAGUGUAGAUACAAGCAUAUUGUUUGCUUCAUCACAAUUUGAAGAUCCUGAGACACUACUUUUUAAUCUGGGCUUUUGUCCAAUGAACAACUCAUCAAUACCUGCAAGAUUUUUUGAACAACCUUCGGCUGCAUUAGGAAUUGAUGUUGAAGCUAUUCAUCGCUCAAUGGUUUUGUCAAAUGAAGACAUAUAUGUUCCUUCAAUAGAUGAGUCUCCAUUUAAUCCAAUUUCUCACCCACGAUUCAGUGAAAGUAGUGUUGACAUAACAUCAAACUCAAGUGAUAAUUUUUUACCUCCACAUAUUCGUAGGGUACUCUUUUACGGCAACAAUGAAAAUGUUCCUUCCAUCCAAGUAUCUCAAGAUCGUUCAGUGACACCAUCCUCUGCAGGUAGCAACAGAAAAAAACUGACUACACUGGAAGAAGUACCAGAACCAAGUAGUAAUCGUGGAAGUUUUGACAUGGAUAAGCAAAAAAUAAUACUUGAUAAUUAUGCUUGCAAUAACAAUCCGGUUGUAGAAAGCCAAAGCAAUCUAGUUGAGUCAUUAAAGUUACCACUAACUCAAAAAAUAUCAAUUAGCGAUAGAAGCACUUGUAGUUUGAUGACUGUUGUUAAUAGUAACAAUGACAAUAAUUUAGAAAAUUCUUUGCAUAGGUUUCAACCGAUUCGUAUAGAUGCUGAGUUUGUAAAUGAAAAAUCUAAUGCUUUAUCUAGUGAUGAUGUUUUUUCUCAGGUGCCUUCUGUUGAUCCUUCAGCAUUAGCAGAGACUUUUGCUGAGAAUUUACCAGAGGUUGUUCCAGAACUUCCAUUUAAAACAAAUGAGAGUGUUGUAUUCUGUUUAGGUGAUGAGAAAAUUGGUUCAUCGCUUGAUGUUAAUGUAGAUUUAUUAAAUGACAUAGCCAGUAAAAGGUUUUUGUUUUCAAAACAUUCUGAAAGUGUUGAUACUCAGGAAUCAACUUCAAAUAAUAAUGCUGUUAGUAAAGAAGCUUUUAAAAGUGAUUUAGUGAAUGCAGAUUUAAUUUUGAAUAAUAACCUGCCAACAACAUCAUCACCUCAACUUAGUCAUAAUUUUCUUGGUUUCUUUAAGAAGUUAAACAUUGAUGGUAAAGAUGACCAAGUAAAAAGCCCAAAUCAAUCUAUUUUUGCACAAAGCAACAAUGAGACAAGAAAAAUAAACUCAGUUACACCUAACAAAAAAAAUUUUAAAAAUGGAAAAAAUAAAAAUUACAUUUCCUCGGCAUUGCAUUCAUUAUCAAAGAUCUUGAGUCCAACACAUAUUCCUAAGACAAAAAAUCAUUAUGAUUCAGGGUCAGCUAGCAGUGAUAAAGUAGAUGUGAAUAAAUAUGACGAUAGCACUGCAUCUAUAUGCUUUGAUUCAUUUGUUGGAACAUCUGGUUCCAUUAAUAGUAUUGAUGAGAAUAGAGAAUCCAAAGAACUAUAUACUCCAGUAGUACAGCAGGUCCAUAAAUGUCAAAAUUGUGCAUAUUUUUUUGAAAAUAAUGACUACAAGAACCAUAUUCAAACAACUUUUCAAUCCAACAGUUUGUCCAAAAUCUCAAGCAGUAAAUUUCCUUCAAAAAAUCUUUUUAAAUCUCCUUGCAAUGAAAAUAAGUCUUUGUAUUACGAAGUAAAAGAUCAAGGUAUGGAAAGCAGUGGUUAUGAAGAAGAUCAUUCUGAUUCAAAAGAGGAUCAUUCAAAUGUAAAGUGUCCUUUUGGAAAAAAUUGUUCUUUAGAUCAUACUCAGAGAAAUGCUCACAAUGUAUAUAAAAAAGAAAGUAUAUGUGAAGUGUGUGAAAAAAAUACUCAAGUUGGUGAUUUUAAUAUAAACUUAUCUCAUAAUCAUUUUACAUACUUGUUAGAACAGAUAUCUUUGCUUCGUGCUGAGAUUUUUGAACAAAAUAGGUUACAAACAUUAAGGGAAAAGGAUUUGAAAGAGCAUUUUACAGAUCUUAUAUUUGAUAUAAAGCUUCAAACAGAAGGUGUUUACUUUGAUAACCUCUGUAAAGAAAUAUGUUUACUGAAAAAAUCACUUCAGGAAAAAGACUUAGAAAUUUUACGGUUGAAGAACGAUCGCAGUUCCGAUAAAAACUCAAAAUAAAGAUGUUUAAAAUUUUAUGAGACUUUUUCUUGCUCGUUUUAUAAAACUUUCCAGUAGGUUUAUAUUAUAUCAGUUUUUGAUUUUUUAGUUAUUUAGUAAUAUAUUUUUCUAAAGCUUUCCAAUAUUUUCGUAUAUAACUUUUACAUACUUGAUAAAUAUUUUCUAAUUUUGCAUCAAAUUAUUUAAUUAUAAAUUUCAUGUGAAUAAGUUUAUAUAUUUAUAUUGGUAUUUUUUGUGCUAGGUUUAUUAGUUUUAUGUAAAACGUGUUUUGUCGAAAUUUGAUUGGCUAAUUUAUGGUUUUUUGUGUAUAUUUUUUGACACAAGCAUAUUUACUAUUUAAAAAGCACACACAUUCGCUAUUUAAUAAAACACAUGUAAAAAUUUGUAUUUUGGAUGCUAUUAAAAAAUUUUUAGAUUAAGUUUGAUUCUCACUUAUUCUCUUUUAUUAUGAUUUAAUUUUUAUUUUCUUUCUGUACUGCUUAAAAUCAGUUUUGGACCAAAAUCCUUUCAUCAUAUUUGUAUAGUUUGGGAGAAAGAAAUAGCUUUGAAAAAAUGCAAUUUUUAAAUAUUCUUGUAAACAAUCUAUUUCAUCUAGAUAAAACAUAAUAAAAUAAAUUAUUUUGUAAAGAUGACUUUGGCAACUAUUACUCUUCUA